AUCACCGUUGGCGUGUUCAGUCUGAGCGUUCAGAGUGGACUUUUCUCCUCCUUCUUCGACUCUUGGAUGUUUGUCAGAUGUCCGGGUUUCAGGCUCUUUCAGUUUUUCCUGAUGAGGUCCAUCAGCUGUCAGUGAAUAAAGAAGAGGCAUGCCCUGAGCAGCAGGAGAGGAGUGAACAUCUGAAAAUUAAAAAUGAACCUGAGGAACUGUGGAGCAAUGAAGAGGGAGCUCAGCUUCAAGGGCAAGAGGAGGAUGAUAUCAAGUUCCCUUUUGUUCCUGUCCCUGUGAAGAAAGAAGAUGAUGAAGAGGAUCCUCAGUUUUUACAGCAUUAUCAAAAACAAAUCAAAGAGUCAGCCAGGAACUUUGAUCCAGAGAGAGAUUUACAACAACAUUCUGAGAUCAAGACUGAAGACUCUUCUGAUCCAGAGACUGAAGACUCCUCUGAUCCAGAGACUGAUGACAGCUCUGAUUGGAGGGAGAUGACAGAACAACAGUCAGGUUCAAAGUCAGUGGAAAAAAGCAGAGAAAUUAGAGUAAAUAUUACAAAGAAAUUAUAUAUCUACUCAGAGAGUGGGAAAAGAUUUAAGAGUGAACAAGGUUUGACUAGACACAUGGUUGUUCAUAAUGAAGAAAAACCCUUCAGCUGCACUGAGUGUGGUCAGAGAUUUACCCAUAAAGGAAGUUUAACUGGUCACAUGAGAAUUCACACAGGAGAGAAACCAUUUAUCUGCUCUGUGUGUGGUAAGAGAUUUACCCAAAAAGGAACUUUAACUGCUCACAUGAGAAUUCACACAGGGGAGAAACCGUUUGUCUGCACUGAGUGUGGCAAAGGAUUUUCCAUGCACGGAAAUUUAACUGUUCACAUGAGAACUCACACCAGUGGAAAAACCUUUUGACUGUUCUGUGUGUGGUCAGAGAUUUACCCUAAAAGGAACUUUUACUGUUCACUUGAGAACUCACAAGUGAGAAACCAUUUGUCUGCUCUUUUCUAAACAUAAAAUGUCCAUAAGAGACAUAUGGUAGACAAACUGUACUUACAUAUGCUCAUUUACGCACAAAAACCCAAAGUCCACAUGGUAGAGUGCCUGUUGCUUGUUAACCACCCUGCUGUCUGUGAGACUGAGUGAAGCAGCAGGCACUUUGUAUGUAUUAUUUGCUCUGUCCACCAGGGGUUGCUGCCAGACUCUCCAACAAGUUGUUUUUCAACAGUGUUGAAACCUACACGUCACUGUGUCUCUCUUCUUGUUUACGUUACCUUUGCUAUAGGUUGGCACUUCAUUUAUGGCCUUUAGCUGUUUCUUUUUGUUUCUUCCAAGAUUUUCACCGUGUCCAAGAUUUUGGUCUUUGUGAAUCUUUGUCAAGUUUUUUUUUUUUUGUUUGCUCCAGGGUAUUUUUUGAGUUGUUUUUGUAUUAUUUUGGCUUCAUCACAGCAGCCCAAAGUCUUUUUAAUACCUUUUUAUAACCUUUUCUGAAUCCUGCACACCCAGACUUCACAGCUGAAUUUACCUGCUUUUUCAAUUCCUCCAGUAACCCACUGAUGUGGUGUUGGCUGGCCAGUGACAUUAUUAUGAUGUUUAUUUGGGGGAAUGAAGGACAUUUGGGGUUGUAUUUGGAACCGGGCGAAUUGGCCCGAAUCAGUGGAGAGGACAUUGCUUGCCGGGUGAGACCGUCAUCAGGAGAGUUCCACUUUGGCAACGCUCAGCUUCCAGGACAGGAUCAAAGGUUUUCCUCUGUAUUGUAAUGUUCCACCUUCAGGACUCCAUCUCUCUACGGCAAAGGAGGCGAUCCUGGUCUAAUUCCUACUAAACUGGUUGAUGUGUUUCACUCGGGUUCAUAAAAACCUUCAAUCAAAUCAGACCUAUUUUCUGUUCAAACCCGUGAAGUAAGUCUGAACUAUUUUCAAAAAUCAAUUCCCAAAUUCUUCUGUUAAAUUAUUUUUCCUCAGUUUCAGAUCAUCCUCACCCUUCAUCAAAUCAGAUUAUUAUCAUCUCCUUUAGCCAUUUCCUUUAUUCCUACAUUAUAACUCAUAUUGUUAAGUGAUUGACACUUUGUAAUGGUGCUUUUCAUAAUAAAUCUUCAAAAUGUAAGUCAUUUGUCCAGAAAGGAUUAUUUCAGGAAAGUUGUCACUGAAACAAGAAUUCACAACUAAAGGUAUGAGACUGAUUUAGAUUUUAAGGUUAAAUGUGGCUAUUCCAUAUUUCAUUCUCACAUUGUUCGGUGGUGCCCUUAUUAAUGACUGCAAUUAAAUUUAAUAUCACUACAAUCUGAUACAACAUGGUCCAGAGAACAUCAUUAUUGUUUUCCCUGUGAAAAGUGGUGACUUUGUCUUAGUAAUAAGAAAUGUCAUAUUGCUGAUAGAGCAUCCUGACUGUGAUAAAACACUCAGCUGGAAUUCUCUCUUUGAAGAUGCACAAAACCCCAGAGACAGA